AUGUUGGAGGCGAAGCUGAGGCCCGACGUCAUCAGCUGCAACGCUGGGAUGAGCGCUUGCGAGAAGAGUAAGCAGUGGCAGCAGGCUUUGGCGCUGCUCAUCGAGGCGCGGGAGGCGAAAUUGGAGCCCGACGUCACCAGCUACAACGCUGGGAUGAGCGCUUGCGAGAAGAGUAAGCAGUGGCAGCAGGCUUUGGCGCUGCUCAUCGAGGUGCGGCAGGCGAAGCUGGAGCCCGACGUCAUUAGCUACAGCGCUGGGGUCAGCGCGUGCACGAGGGGCGAACAGUGGCAGCCAGCUCUGGCGCUGCUCAGGGAGAUGCUGGAAGCGAAGCUGAGGCCCGACGUCAUCAGCUACAACGCUGGGCUCAAUGCGUGCGCGAAGGGCGAGCGGUGGCAGUCAGCUUUGGCGCUGCUUGACGAGAUGUUGGAUAUGAAGUUGAAUCCCAACAUCGAAAGCUACAACGCUGGGAUGAACGCGUGCAAGGAAAGCAAGCACUGGCAGCUGGCUUUGACGCUGCUCAGCGAGGUGCGGGAGGCGAAGCUGGAGCCGGACGUCAUCAGCUACAGCAUUGGGCUCAGCGCAUGCGAGAAGUGCGAGCAGUGGCAGCGGGCUUUGUCGCUACUCAGGGAGAUGAGGGAGGUUAUAUUGGAGCCCGAGAUCAUCAGCUACAACGCUGGGCUCAGCACGUGCGGGAAGAGCGGGCGUUGGCAGUGGGCUUUGGCACUGCUCAGAGAGAUGCGGGAGGUGAGAUUGGACCCGAAUCGGCAGCUGCAGCGCUGCGGUCAGCGCGUGCCAGAGGGGCGAGCAUUGGCAGAGGGCUUUGUUGCUGCUCAGAGAACUGCGCUGGAUGGGACUGCGCCCAAGCUUGUGGAUGUAUGGGAUUGCAGCGAGCAUGUGCGAGCAGGGCGGACACAGGAGGCUGGUACAGUCGUUGACGUGGGAGGUGUGCGGCGUAAUCGAAGCGGAGUGACCUACAGCGCUGGGAUCAGCGCGUGCGAGAAGUGCGGGCGGUGGCAGCGUGCUUUGGCGCUGCUCAGCGAGAUGCGGGAUUUUAAGUUGGAGCCCGAGAUCAUCAGCUACAGCGCUGGGAUUAGCGCGUGCGAGAAGAGUAAGCAGUGGCAUUGGGCGCUGGCGCUGCUCAGCGAGAUGCCAGAGGCAAAGCUGGAGCCCGAUGUUCUCAGCUACAGCGCUGGGAUCGACGCGUGCGGGAAGAGCGGGCAGUGGCAGCGGGCUUUGGUGCUAUUCAAUGGGAUGUCGGAUGCCAAGGUGGAUCCUGACGUCAUCACCUUCAACAGAUGCAACGCCGCGCUCAGUGCGUGCGAGGAGGGCGAGCAGUGGCGGUGGGCUUUGAGGCUGCUCUCAGAGAUGCCAGAAAUGGUAUUGGAGCCCAGCGCUUGCAGCUACACUGUCGCAAUUACUGCCCUCUUGCGCAAGGGAUGCUUGCAGUCUAGGGAGAACGCAGGCCAGGGUAUAUCAUCCCCCUCGUCCUCAUCAUCACCCAUUUCUCCUUGUGAGGAUAAUGCGGACCGGUAG